ACGAUACAGCACCUUGCAAGCGUCUAUCCUGCGCACCAUUUCAUUGUCAGUUAUAACCGUACGGUACAGGAUAUCGAACAUAUAAGGAAAGCUAGAAUCCUCGCAGCGCGAAUAUACUACCUUAUCCUGCAAGUACCCCACAGCCACUCACUAUUCGGAUUCGGUACUCUGUUUACACAAGUCUUUUCCCCGUUUCAUUCAUAACCACCUACAAGAUGAUUCCUCGAAGGAGCAUCAUGGCACUAUGCCUCCUGACGGCUCUCACCACUGUCGUGGCUCAAGACCCGGCCAUUACAUCGGACUCUGUGGCGGCCCCAACAGCUACCCCCGUCCCCUCAGUAAUCACUGUAACAUCACCUGUUCUCGACUCGACACCCUCGCCGGUUCCCGACCCCGCCUCCGAGAGCUCCCAAUACUACCCAUCGACCCCGGGCCAAUCCUACGAUAACGAUCCGAACGCUAUCAUCGAUGAGACAAAGCAGGAGGAGAACAAUGAAGGGGCAUCCGGGAAGUCGGAUACUUUCGUCAACAUUCCAGUCGGGGCUCAAAUCGGCAUCAUCUCGGCGGUUGUAGUGGUGGGCGUGGCUGGGAUGGUCGCUAGUGUCCUGUGGUAUCUCAGGAAGAGGAGACAGUGGGAGUUGAGUGGAAGACGUUCGACCAUCCCGAGACUCUCCAUGAAUGCGAGGGGCGAGUUCACCGUGGGCGCCCAGGGCGAUAUCCCUCACAGGGCUCCUAGGCUCAGAGCCCCGAGCCCUGCCGGUAGUUUCGAUGACUCGUCUCUGGAGAAGGGGAACGUAAAGAGCGAGUUUGAGAGUGAGAGCACGAAGGCUCCAACAGGUUGGAAGAGGAUGUUUUCUAGAAAGUAAAACCAUCAUUACUUAUUCACCUUUCUCUCUUUUUUUUUUCCUCACUUCCCACUCAUCCUUCGCUUCUCGGAUAAAUAUUUUGGGAAAUUUGUUUCUUUUCUGUCACGGCUUCAUGAAAAUUUCCUUUCCAUCUCUUCUUUUUACUUCAUAGGGACAGUUGCUUGUAGGGUCGGGUUCGGUAUGGUGCUAUCAUUAUUUUUCCUUCCUUCUGCUUUUCAGGGUACAUAUGGGUUCUGCCAUUUCUUUUUUUCUUUUUCUUUUCUUUGUCUGCAUCGUAUUCAGUCCGCCAGCGAGACCUGUUAAUUAGUCUAUACUUCUUGUGGGAGGAUUUCUUCGUGAAUCCCCCCCCCUCACAAAUUACUUGGAAAACGGGAAGCCAGUCAAGUCCCGAAUAGAGUAUAUUAUCAUGUUAUUAUUAUUUUUUCCCAUGUAAUAUCAUAAACAAUCUCUCAAACGGUGAGCGUGAGAAAAUUCCGGGGUAGAUGUGUGCUUUAGCGUUUCACCCGUUGAGUUCGUGCAGUUUUCUGCCUGCCCGUCUCUUCUCGCCCGCGCGCUUACCGUACGAGUAAUCUUUAUUUUUGCACUUGGACAGCGACGACAACAGUCAGCAUGAACUGGUCUUCGCUAAAGGAGGGCUAGCGGGCGGGUCCACUGCCAACG